AUGUUUGGCUCCCAUCCCAUCACUGCCAAAAUGUCCACCGCGAAGGUCAAGGCCAGCCAGCUCUGGGGCAAGAACAAGGAUGAUCUCAAGAAGCAACUCGACGAGCUCAAGGCCGAGCUCGUGACUCUGCGCACACAGAAGAUUGCCGGCGGUGCUUCGUCAAAGCUGAACAGAAUCCACGACGUCCGCAAGUCCAUCGCUCGUGUCCUCACCAUCAUCAACGCCAACCAGCGCUCGCAACUCCGCCUGUUCUACAAGAACAAGAAGUACCUCCCGCUCGACCUCCGCCCCAAGCAGACGCGUGCGAUCCGCAGACGGUUAACACCACACGAGGCCGGCCUGAUCACCGAGAGGCAGAAGAAGAAGCAGACACACUUCCCCCAGCGGAAGUUUGCCGUCAAGGCAUGA